GUUUGACUGGAGGCGAAGGGAGAGGCUGGGGAAGCGGAGCGGGGCGCGGGGAGUGUGCUCCGGGGAGAUUCUCGAGCCCCAGCAACAGUGUCGGCAGCUGAAUGGAAGAAGAUAACUUUUGAAAGCCUUUUUGUUAUUUACUUACGGAAAGCAGCUCCGGUUGAAUCAAGGUUGACAGUGGAGUUAAAGGGAAGAUGCAGGUGUGGGGUGUUUAAGGUUUUGAGCUGGAAACCUGCAUACCCCGGGGAUAUCAGCACCGACGUCCUACUGCCAACCUGCUUGAGACGUGGGGGAAGCACCCUGGCUAGACAUCCAUCUGCUCCGGAGUUUCAAUAUAGAAAACCACAAUGAUGCAAGCCCAACUGCGUUGCUUGUGUCUCCUUAUACUUCAUUUGGCAACUGGAUAUAGCCACGAGGGGAAGUUUAGUGGACCCCUGCAGCCCAUGACAUUUUCUGUUUUCGAAGGCCAACAAGGGAGUCAAGUCAUAUUCCAGUUUAAGGCCAGUCCUCCUGCUAUGACUUUCAAACUAACUGGAGAGACAGAUGGCAUAUUUCAGAUACAACCAGAUGGACUUCUGUAUCAUAACGGAGCCCUGGAUAGAGAAACAAGAGCUGUUCACAAACUCCAGGUCUCAGCCUUGAACGCUCAAGGAGCUACGGUGCAGGGCCCAGUUCCCAUCACCAUAGAAGUGAAAGACAUCAAUGACAAUCGACCCACAUUUCUCCAGCUAAAGUAUGAAGGCUCAGUAAGACAGAACUCUCGGCCAGGAAAGCCCUUCAUGUAUGUCAAUGCUACAGACCUGGAUGAUCCAGCCACACCCAAUGGUCAGCUUGUUUAUGAAAUUGUCAUCCAGCUCCCCAAGAUCAACAACGUCAUGUACUUUCAGAUCAACAACAAAACGGGGGGAAUUUCACUUACCCGUCAUGGAGCUCUGGAAUUGGAUCCCACUAAGAAUUCUAACUACAAUCUGGUGGUCUCAGUGAAGGACAUGGGAGGCCAGAAUGAGAAUUCUUUCAGUGACAGCACAUCUGUGGAUAUUAUGGUGAAGGAGAAUAUUUGGAAAGCACCAGAACUAUUGGAGAUUGUAGAAAACUCAACUGAUCCUCACCCCCUCAAAAUCACUCAGGUGCAGUGGAAUGAGCCAGGUGCGAAAUACUCCUUGGUUGACAAGGAGAAGCUGCCAAGAUUCCCAUUUACAAUUGACCAGGAAGGAAAUAUUUAUGUGACUCAGCCCUUGGACCGAGAAGAAAAGGAUUCGUAUGUUUUUUAUGCUGUGGCAAAGGAUGAGAAUGGAGAACUGCUUUCAAUCCCACUGCAGAUUGGUGUGAAAGUUAAAGACAUUAAUGAUAAUCCACCUACGUGUCCAUCUGCCGUGACUGUAUUUGAGGUCCAGGAGAAUGAAAACAUAGGGAGCAACAUCGGGACUCUUACUGCCCACGACAGGGAUGAAGAAAACACUGCCAGCACGGUUUUAGCAUACAAAAUUGUGGAUCAAAUCCCUGCAUUUCCCAAGGAAGGACUCUUCCUGGUCCAAGCCUACACAGGAGUGUUCCAGUUGGCUAAGCAGUCCUUGAAGAAGCAAGACACUCCACAAUACAACCUGACAGUACAGGUGUCUGACAAAGACUUCAACACCCUGUGUCAGGUGGAGAUCCACGUUAUUGAUAUCAAUGAUCAGAUCCCCAUCUUUGAAAAAUCAGACUAUGGAAACCUAACUCUUGCUGAAGACACAGCGGUUGGGUCCACCAUCUUAACCAUCCAGGCCACAGAUGCUGAUGAGCCACUCACCGGGAGUUCUAAAAUCCUGUAUCGUAUCACACAGGGAGACAGUGAGGGACGGCUGGGGAUUGACACGGAUCCCCAAACCAACGCUGGAUAUGUCAUAAUUAAAAAGCCUCUUGAUUUUGAAACAGUAGCCGUACAUAAUCUUGUGUUCCAAGCGGAAAAUCCUGAGCCUCUGGUGCAUGGUGUAAAUUAUAACAGCAGCUCUUCUGCUACAUUCAAGCUUAUUGUGACCAAUGUUAAUGAAGCACCCCAAUUUACUCAGAACAUAUACCAAGCAAAAGUCCGAGAAGAUGUGGCUAUAGGCACUAAAGUAGGCAACGUGACUGCCAAGGAUCCGGAAAAUCUGGAUAUAAGUUAUUCCCUGAAAAACAACAAGAGAGGUUGGCUUAAAAUUGACCCCGUCACUGGCGAGAUCUUUACCAUGGCUCCGAUGGACAGGGAAGCCGAAAGUGUGUAUCGGGUGCAAGUGGUGGCAACUGAAGUAGGUGGCUCCUCCCUGAGCUCCGUAGCCACUUUCCACCUGGCCCUGUCCGAUGUGAACGAUAACCCCCCUCGGCUAGCCACGGACCACCCACACUUGUUUCUGUGCCACCCCCUCCAAGCACCUGGAAGUGUCAUUUUCGAGGCCACUGAUGAUGAUCAGCAGUUUUUUCGGGGUCCACGGUUUACAUUUUCUCUUGGCAGCAAAGUCUUAGAAAAUGACUGGGAAGUUAAGCGAAUCAACGGAUCUCAUGCCAAACUCUCCACCAAGCACACGAACUUUGAGGAGAGAGUUUACAGCGUCCCAAUCCACAUCAGUGAUGGCGGUGAACCAGAAUUGAAGGGAACAGUCUCGUUACCAGUUACUUUCUGCAAGUGUGUGGAAGGAAGUUGUUUCCGGCCAGCCGGUCACCAGUCGGGGAUGCCCACUGUGGGCAUGGCAGUUGGUAUACUUCUGACCACCUUUUUGGUUAUUGGUAUAAUUUUAGCAGUUGUGUUUAUUCGAAUAAAGAAGAAUGAAGGCAAAGAUAAUGUCGAAAUUGCUCAGGCAUGUGAAGCCCAGCCUCUGAGAAACUGAAUUUGAAAAGGAAUGCUUGAGUUUAUGUACCAAGUGCUAUUUCAGUAACGCAACCAUUUAAUCCCAUAAUUUUACUUUUUUAUCCAACAUGUACCAUGAUUUUUUACAGAUAUACCCUCUUGCCCUUUAAUAUUUUAUUACUUUGAUAUUUUUUUGUGUUAUAGACAUAGAGACAUUUUCAUUUUCCCAUGACUCUUUCCCCUCUGCAAAAGCUUUAGCUAUUUAUCCAAAACAAAAAAUGUGUGUGUUUUUCCCCUCUAGGGAAAGAUGGGCUUAUGAAAUAUUCUGUUCAUUUUCUCUUUAUCAAGAUAUAUCAGUCAUCUACCACAGAGCUUCCUGGAUGCCAUUUAUAAUAACUCUGAUUCCAUCCUGUGUCUCCUUCCUCAUGUCUCAUUUGGUAUUGCACUAAUUUUAAAACAUGUGUUGGAGAAAAGAACACAAUGAAGUUUCAGGAAAAAAAUAAAAUAGAAGCCUGUCCCUUA